CCUAUCUCAUAAAAUCGUUUCCGGAUCACACCAAUCUAAUCUAAUCUAAUCUAAUCCAAUCCAACCAAACCAAACGAAACCCCACCAACAAGACCAACACGAGCCAACAUGUCCCACCAAUCCAACAACGACACCGCAGACCUCCGCAACUCCGCCAUCGACGAAGACAGCUCCGCCACCGACUUUCAAUACGGAGAGGGCAGACCCGGUGGCGUGAGCAAGAACGCCUCCGUCCGCUUAUCCGCCCUCCCCCCAAGACUCCGGCCGUCCGCCACCAUGUACGACCGCAAUGGCGACGGGGCCCUCAGCAAGAGCGACAUUGCCCUGGCCAUCCAGGACCUGGACAACACAAACCAGAAAAACAGGAACCUCACGAAGAUCAUCAGCGCCUGCUUUCUCCUCAUCCUUGUUCUCAUCGCCGCCAUCUUUGGCGCAUCGAUCGCCGCCGCCCGCAUGUCCCAGGAAGUCUCUGUCAAUUCGGCAAACGGCUUUGCCUACGUCAAGGGCUCCGAAGAGACGGAGGUUAUGAAAACCGAAAAGGCCAUCGUCUGGGAAGAGGGAAACGUUGCCGAGCUCGGGAACGAAUCCCUCAACAGGCUGACGGAGGUGGUUCUGGCCGGCGGGGACGUGCGGUUCCAGAUCAAGGGCAGCGCCCGCGUCGCCGCAAACGACAACGUGGUCCUGCUGGUAGAGGGGGGGACCCUGACCUGGACCCUCGCGGACGGACUCGUCGAUGCCUCCGGUUACGCAAAGGACAUGCUGGAGGCGGCCUUUGGAGAAGACGCCUUUGGCAGCAGCGAUUCGGACGGCCGGCGCAGACUUCUGGACUCGUGCGGCGCCUCUUGGAACGGUUAUGGCUAUUGAUCCAUUCCUUAGCAGGGUCUAUCCCACGCCGUACCUUGCCGUGCUUGACUUGUGUUGUGUUAUGCUGUCGUCCUAGGGUACAGCACAGCACAACACUCCAAGCCUGCGGAUGUCACCUUUCUCUCUCUCCAUUUCGCUUUACCGUCCUUCCUAUUCCAAUUAUAGCACAGUACACGUGUACCCAACAUUUCAUUUCGCAUAAAGAAACAUAUGAUAAAUAAAUUGUUAACAAAAUU